AUGGAGCUGGCGGCGUUUGUGUUGGCGUAUUUCGCGGCAAAGCGGCUGACGCUGCUUACGGCUUUUCUGUGCUGUAGACCAGAUGAGCUAUCGGUACUAUGGCGCGAAGCGCAGCGCCACGGCAUGCGGAUCAACAUCGCAGACUGGGAGCGCCUGCCGACACUGGAGCCUUACGGAAUACACCGCGAGGGAAUGCUGCUGGACCUGACUUGUCCCGGCGCACAACUUGUGUUAGAGAAGGCUUCCGCAACCCGCGCCUUCAACCUUCGACACUCCUGGCUGCUUCUGCUCAACGCUCCGUUCAACGCGACCCUGAUGGAGGCCACUCUGGGCUCAACAUUAGUGUUAGCAGAUGCCGAUGUAGCCUGGGCGGCCAGCGAUCAACUUCUGGAUGUUUACCGAAUCAAGCACAACCAGCCGCUGAUAGCGACGCCGCUGGGUGACGAAGCAGCUCGGGCAGUCCUUCCCGCCGCGCCCACGAGUAGAAGACACCUUAACAACGUCUACAUAAGCGGCUCUGUUAUUAUAUCGCUUCCCCAGUACUUUAAAGGCUGGAAUGACCUGACAACACGUCACAUCGACAUUGUCCCCAAGCUCACGUAUCCGCUCAUGAUGCUGUUGGCAGAGGACCUGCACUUCAGGUACAACUUGAAGCAAGUGGAGUGGUACGGCGAGAACCGGAACGGCUCGUUCGACGGCUUGGCGGGGCAGAUACAGAGAAAUGAAAUCGAAGUUGGCAUCACCUCUCUAUUUAUGCGUGACGAUCGCAUCCAAGUCAUGCAUUUCUUCUCCGAGACUUUUGAGCUCAGGGGAGCGUUCAUAUUCCGGCAGCCCUCUAUAUAUAUGUCUUCAGUAUCUAACGUGUUCCUGCUGCCGUUCAGCCGCGGUGUGUGGCUGGCCACGUGGGCGAUACUGGCGUCAGCCGCGGUGAUUCUGACGCUGCUGGCGCGGCGGCAGCAGCUGCGAGCUAUAGACUCGUCGCUGCAGCGGCUGUCCUUUGGAGAAUCGGUCAUUUUUAGCAUUGGCACCGUGUGCCAGCAAGGAUUCCACGGGGUACCGGAGCUGGCCUCAGCACGUAUAGUGAUGUUCUGCUCCCUAAUGCUGGCCUUGUUCGCGUUUACUUCAUAUUCCGCCAAGAUCGUGGCCAUAUUGCAGACACCUAGCAAUGCCAUACGCACCAUUGAAGACCUCACGCGCUCGCCCAUGACCCUCGGAGUGCAAGAGACCACGUACAAGAGGACAUACUUCGCUGAGAGCACUCAUCCAGCAACACAGCAGCUGUAUCGGCAAAAACUGCUGCCGCUCGGUGACCGAGCAUACCUUAGUGUCGUAGACGGCGUAGCCCGUUUACGUACCGGUCUCUUCGCCUUCCAGGUCGAAGAGCCAUCUGGCUACAAUAUCAUCAGCAAAAAGUUCACGGAGCGCGAGAAGUGUGGCCUCACGCAGAUCCAGGCCUUCAAGUUGCCCAUGGUGGCCGUGCCCGUGCGGAAACACUCCGGAUAUAAGGAGCUGUUCGCCAGCAGGAUGCGAUGGCAGCGGGAAACGGGGUUGCUGGACCGUACGCGGAAGCUCUGGCUGGCGAGCAAGCCGCGCUGCGACGCUGCCUCGGGAGGCUUCGUCAGCGUCGGCAUCAUUGACGUCUUGCCUGCUCUUCAUGUACUGAUCGCGGGUAUGACAGCUUCGCUGUUCUUCCUGGUGAUAGAGCGUAGCAUGGCACGUUUUCUACGCUGAGUGCCUUGCUACAAGUGAUGUGACGUUCCGUGCUACAAGGAACCGUAGACAUUGAAGCAACAUGGUACUGCAAGAUCACACCGUGCUGACUAGGUGUUUUAAGAACCGUCACUACUUAAUCUCUUGUCGCCUUACUAGGAAGUUAACGCAUUUCAAGGAGAAUGUUUAUAGUACCCUUAACGGGAUGUGUUGUACACAUUUAUUGUAUUCUCUCUGUGUUAUGUACUUGUUUUGUGCAAUAAAGUGUUUACUACUA